GGUCGCUCCUCCCUCCCGAAGCGCCAGGCUCAGGUUGUGCUUGGAAACCAGAAGCCUCCAGUUCUUCUUUCUGCCCGGAUGGGACCUGGCCAGGGAGCGUCAUGAAUUUCUGCCGGGAGGCGUGAACGUGGGACUUCGCUUCUUCUUUUUAACGCCAAAGGGGCGAGGAGGGGGGCAAAAAGCCGGCGAGGCGACUGAGAGCCCCUCUCGUCCAGUAAAGCGAGCACAGCCGCGGCUGCUUCCGCGGGGCUGUUUCCUUUCCUUUCCACGGGGUUUCGGUGUAAACCGAGCGAAGAUCCUGCUGUUGACUUGCUCUACGAAAUAAAAUGAACAAAAUGAAAACGUUCAAGCGCCGCUUUUCCCUCUCAGUUCCCAGGACAGAGACUAUUGAGGAAUCCCUGGCAGAAUUUACAGAGCAGUUCAAUCAGCUCAACAACAGGAAAAAUGAAGAUAUGGCACAAGGACAUUUACAUCUAACUCACCUGAAUAGGGAUAUCCGAAUGCAGCCCAGUUCUGCCUCACCUUUGGAAGGUCGGUCCCCGACUUCUGUGCAUUAUCGAAAUGGCAACCAGCGCCGCUUUUCUAUGGAGGAUGUCAGCAAGCGUCUCUCUCUGCCCAUGGAUAUUAACCUGCCCCCAGAAUUCCUCCAAAAACUAGAAAUGGAAAAUCCAGAGAUUUCUAAGCCUCUCAGCAGGACGUCACGGCGGGCAUCACUGUCAGACAUUGGGUUUGGCAAAAUGGAAACCUACGUUAAACUGGAAAAGUUGGGAGAGGGCACUUAUGCUACUGUAUUUAAAGGACGCAGCAAACUCACCAAGAAUCUCGUAGCGCUGAAGGAGAUCAGGUUGGAACAUGAAGAAGGGGCACCUUGCACUGCUAUACGGGAAGUUUCCUUACUGAAGAAUCUAAAGCAUGCCAACAUUGUGACUCUCCACGAUAUCAUUCACACAAAAUGCUCCCUCACUCUUGUUUUUGAAUAUCUGGACAGCGACCUGAAACAGUACCUAGAUAACUGUGGGAAUCUGAUGAGCAUGUACAAUGUGAAGAUUUUCAUGUUCCAGCUGCUUCGUGGUUUGUCCUACUGCCAUCAGCAUAAGAUCCUACACAGAGAUCUCAAGCCACAGAAUCUGCUUAUUAAUGGAAAAGGAGAACUAAAACUUGCUGACUUUGGUCUAGCCAGAGCCAAGUCUGUCCCAACAAAGACAUAUUCCAAUGAAGUGGUCACAUUAUGGUACCGACCUCCUGAUGUCCUACUAGGAUCUACAGAAUAUUCCACUCCCAUAGACAUGUGGGGCGUGGGUUGCAUACACUAUGAAAUGGUCACAGGACGUCCAAUGUUCCCAGGAUCCACUGUGAAAGAAGAACUUAAUUUAAUAUUCAGAAUGUUGGGAACUCCUACAGAAGAAUCUUGGCCAGGCAUCACAUCCAAUGAGGAGUUCAAAGCUUACCAGUUCACACAAUAUCGAGCCCAACCCUUGAUCAAUCAUGCACCCAGGCUGGACACAGAAGGAAUUGAUCUUUUGACAAACUUUCUCCUGUAUGAAGCCAAACAACGUAUUUCUGCUGAAUCAGCUCUGCGACAUCCCUACUUUAUGAUCUUAGAUGAACGAGUCCACCUCCUUCCUGAGACUGCCUCCAUCUUUUCUUUGAAGGAAAUUCAACUUCAAAAGGACCCUGGCUGCCGAGGCUCAAGUUUCCAGCAUGUUGCUCGAGGAAAGAAUAGGCGGCAAAGCAUAUUUUAAGCCUCUUUGUUCAUUCAUCCAAACACUGAGAAGAUGGAAGCACUGAGAAGAGAGAGGACCACUGGAUCCCAGAUAGUCCAUCCCAGAAAAAUAAGGGGUGGCAUCUACUGUAUAAGAGCUGUCUUGCAAUCUCAGGCAUGCAGUGUAGCUGUUUCUCAAAAUCCCACCUCUUUCUCCAGUGAGAAAGGAAAAGAGAGACAUUGUAAAGCCUUGACAAGCUCCCAUUCUUCAUACAGCAAUUGGAAUAUACCACCUGGGCAAGAAUCUGAAUCAGAUGGUGAGUGGCCUCUGAAACACUGAGGCUGCUAUUCUACAUGGAAGCAAUCCAGUCGUGGAAUCCACAUCAGCUUUGCUUCUCCAAUGUCUUAUCAUAACCAAUGUUUUGAAUUCCAUUAUUUUCCACAUCAUGAGAUGGUUUAUAUGAUGUCUUUCGGAUAUGAUCAAUAUGAAGUAACAGUGGAAAGCACUGGUUUUUAUGCAAAUCCCUCUCCCUCUGCCUUUGCACUGAAAAAAAGAAACAUGAAGGUUUAACAAGGGCAACUACAAUAACAAUUUAAAAAUCAGUUUUCUUUGAGUUACCUUUGCUUUUUUUUUUAAAGAAAUGUUCUGAAUUCUAAAAGGUAACAACAUUCAGGAGAAAGGAUGGCAUAAGGAAGGAAUGUGUGUUGAUAGAUUUUCUUAGGCCCUUAUUAUUUAGACAUAGCAAAGCAUAUACUAAGUUUAAGUUUACUCACAAGAUUUCAACUAGCAGACCCUGACUUAAAUCAGUCAUGUUCUCUAGAUAUGUUUCCAGAAGCCAGGUACAUAUGAAAAUUGUAUUUCAGCAUAGGUAGUGAGCAUAAGUUUGAAAGAAGCAUAUACAAAAGCUGA